UGUAAUAAUAUACACGAAAACACGCGCUCGACAGUGGCAGUCGCGGGCCCGUCCACGCACCGGUUUUUCUCAAGUUGCUCUUUCCGUCUGCGACACGGCGUGAGUGAUGGUAUAUUAUUAUAAUCGUAGCUGAUCGUCGUUUACCGAAACAUUUUCUAGUCCUGUCUAGUCUCCGAUAGUGUUGACGAUCGUCGGUAAUCGAUGCGCCUUUGAAUUGUUAUUUUUUCAUUAUCGAGGUUCCGGACACGACCGCGGUGACGUCUGAUUCCACGCAGCUAUAGAUACUUCCCGAUUUCAUGACACUCUCGAAUUCGGCACGAUAUAACGUUGUAGACGAGUGUCCGGAAUUGUUCAUAUUAUUUUCAAUGCAUUCUCUCAGUCCUCGAAUAUAAUAUAAUAUUAUAUUAAUAGGUGUUUAUAAUUAUUGUAAUAUAUUAUCGUCGGCACCGCCCGGAGAUUCGAAAACUGAAGAACGGCAUUUAAAGUAACUAUAUUCAUAAUAGCGUAUUGAUAGAGCGUCUACGCCAUGAACAGAUUUCCAGAUGACAAUGGUGAAAUAAAACGACCUCUUAAUCCAAGAUCUAAUGCAAAUAUUUUUGAAAUCAUUACUUAUGGAUGGCGCCACUGUUGCAUUUUUGACAUCCAGAUUUCCUACUUUUCCAGCAGAUUUUCCUAAAAUGUUCUUUCAUAAGAACCUUGCCCUGACAAUUACAAACAUAACAAAAUAAAAAAUCAGCCAAAACGAUCAAGCCGUUUCGGAGCCAACCCGUGACACAAAAUCUGGACUUGCUUUUAUAUUGGAUGUUGAAUCUGUUCAAAACAGGACAAAACAGAGAUUUAGAUGAAACCGAUUUAUAUACGACAUUGGACGACCAGAUAUCAUCAUCAUUAGGCGAUGAAUUAGAAAAGGAAUGGCGUUUAGAACUGACCAAUGCAUACUCUGCGAAUCGUACGCCUAGUCUGCCGAGAGCUUUGAUUAAAAUGUUUGGUUAUAAAUAUAUGUUCAUUGGAUGUUUAUUCGCCAUCAAUGAUAUUAUUUUUAGAGUAUCUGGGCCACUAUUAGUUGGCGGGUUAUUAGCAUAUUUCAACCCCGAUGGUUCCAACACUACAGACUUGAAACACGCAUACAUGUAUGCGUCUGGUAUAGUGUUUUCCUUGUUAAUUAUAAUGAUAUUGCAACAUUCAAGUAUUGAAGAAAACUUACAAUGUGCGUUGAAGAUGCGAGUUGCUUGCUGUUCUAUCAUAUUUAGAAAGGCAUUGUGUUUAAGUCAAACAGCUCUUGGCGAGACCACUGUGGGCCAAGUAAUAAAUUUGAUAUCGAAUGAUGUUAGUCGAUUCGAUAUUGCAGCGAACUCAAUUCAUUAUGUAUGGAUUGGUCCCCUGCUAACAAUUGUGGUAAUAUAUUUUUUGUGGCAUGAAAUUGGCGUAUCGUCAUUAAUUGGAGUAUCUGGAUUUUUAUUUUUUAUUCCGUUACAAUGUUUGUUGGGGAAAAAAAUGUCCGAAUAUCGAUUGAAGACGGCCACAAUUACCGACGAGAGAAUACGUUUAAUGAACGAAAUAAUUUCGGGAAUACAAAUAAUCAAAAUGUACACUUGGGAAAAACCAUUUGCAAAACUUAUAGAACAUACCAGAAAAAAGGAAAUGAAACAAAUUCGAAGAACUUCAUUUCUGGGUAUUCUAACUUUUGCGUUUUCAGUAGUUCAAGCUAAGCUUCAGCUGUUCAUCAGUAUUUUAUCAUUCAUGUUACUCGGAAACAAUAUCUCAAUCAGAAAAGUUUUUGUCUUAGCUGCAUUUUUCUCUCUAUUGCAACAACCAAUGACGAAAUUAUUUGGCCGAGGUUUAACUCAAUUAGCUGAACUGAAAAUAUCUCUGAAACGCAUACAGAAUUUUAUGUUGCUUGAAGAAAAAGAUAGCAAAAUCCUAAAUCUUUCAACAUCUGCAGUCAAACCAUUAACAAUUGGAGUUAUGAAAUCGGACAUAAAUACAGACAAUAUUGAUAUUAAAAAAAACACAGGAUGUGUAAAUAGUUUUGGUAUAGUUUUUUCGAAUGCUAGUGCAAAGUGGACAGACAUACAAACAUGUAACACUUUGGAAAACAUUAAUCUAAAUAUCAUACCAGGACGAUUGGUGGCAAUUAUCGGACCAGUAGGAGCCGGAAAAAGUUCAUUAUUACAAGCAGUCUUGCGCGAAUUGCCGCUUUCCGCAGGUAAAAUAUCCGUUUGUGGUAAAGUGUCUUAUGCAUCACAAGAACCAUGGCUGUUUGCCGGUACUGUUCAACAAAAUAUACUUUUUGGUUCGCCGAUGGACAAAGAGCGUUACAAACAAGUUAUAAGUGUAUGUGCAUUAAAAACUGAUUUUAAACAAUUUCCACAUGGUGACAGGACUUUGGUGGGUGAAAGAGGAGUUACUCUAAGUGGGGGCCAGAGAUCGAGAAUAAAUGUAGCUAGAGCAAUAUACAAACAAGCAGAUAUAUAUUUACUGGACGAUCCUUUGUCGGCAGUUGAUUCUAAAGUUGGCAGGCAUUUGUUUGAGAAAUGCAUCAAAGAUUAUCUCAAAGAAAAAGCAUGUGUUCUUAUUACUCACCAAGUACAAUACUUAACUGAUGUCGAUCAAAUAAUUCUAAUGGACAAUGGAAGAAUAGUAGCCGAAGGUUCUUAUCAAGAACUACAAGCCACCGCUUUUGAGUUUGCGAAAUCACUUGGAUCUUCAGAUGAUACAGGAACAAAUGAACCAGAAAAUGAUACCAACAACAGUUUGAAUGUACAAAUGGUUUCAACUUUGCUCGGUUCCAACAAAAGUAUUUCAUCGUCUCAAAAUGAUGUUCAUGUUAGUGGAGCUCUAGCUGAAAAAUCAAAAAAUACGGACAAAAUUCGGUCGUCUGGUCGUGUUUCGAUUAAUGUUUAUCGAUCAUAUUUAUCUGCCAACGGGAGUGUUUUUAAAGUAUUUUUAGUACUUUUUUGUUUUAUUCUUACCCAAGUAUUGGCUAGUGGUGUUGAUUAUUGGAUUAGCUUUUGGAUAACUCGUGAAGAAUAUAUUUUGCAUAAUACAAUAAGCUACAAUAUAUCAAAUAAUAAUGGAACAUUAUCGUCUAGUGAUUCAUUCACUACAUUAUUGUUUUCGUCAAAUUUUCGUCAAAACUGUGUGAUCUUAUACGCCGUUAUAUUAAUUUUUUUGAUUGUAACCAUUAUCGUCAGGUGUGUGACGUACGUAAUGUUCUGUACGAGAGCUUCGAUAAAUGUGCAUAAUCAAAUGUUCGAUAGAUUUAUUAAAGCCACGAUGUUUUUUUUCAACACUAGGUCUUCUGGUGACAUGUUGAAUCGUUUUUCAAAGGACAUCGGAGCUGUUGACGAGAUGUUGCCGUACGUUAUAUUUGAUUGUUUGCAAUUGGUAAUGUUACUUUUGGGAAUCAUAUUUAUUGUUGGAUUUGUUAAUAUUUACCUCAUGGUACCGACAUUUAUCAUGGUAAUAGUAUUCUAUAAGAUUAGAGUUUUCAAUUUGCCUACGUCAAGAGGUAUCAAACGGUUAGAAGGAAUUACACGAAGUCCUGUAUUUGCACAUAUGAAAGAAACAUUACGAGGUUUAACAACAAUAAGGGCAUACAAAGUAGAACAAAUUUUAAUCAAUGAAUUUGACGAGCAUCAAGACUUACAUUCUUCGGCUUGGAAUAUGUACAUUUGUGCGAAUCAAGCGUUUGGGCUCUGGUUGGAUAUAGUCAGUAUUACUUAUAUAAGUAUUGUAAUAUUCAGCUUCUUUGCUGUUGAAAAUGAUCAUGGAGGAAAUAUUGGUCUAACUAUUACUCAAACGAUUACAUUGACUUCAAUAAUCCAAUGGGGAGUAAGACAGUUAUCAGUCUUAGAAAACCAAAUGACAUCUGUAGAAAGAAUACUUGAAUACACAGAUUUACCGCAGGAAGCUGAUUUUCAAUCUCCUUCUGAAAAAGCACCUCCCAACAAAUGGCCUUUUUCGGGAAAAAUUGAAUUUCGAAAUUUUAAUCUUCGUUAUAGCCUAGAUUCACCAUACGUGUUAAAAAAUCUCAAUUUUCAAAUACAGCCAAUGGAAAAAAUCGGAAUCGUUGGCAGGACCGGUGCAGGUAAAUCGUCCAUUAUUGGGGCAUUGUUUAGAUUUGCUCUCAAUGAAGGAUCUAUCAUUAUCGACGAUAUAGAGAUACAUAAGUUAGGAUUACACGACCUGAGAUCUAAGUUUUCCAUUAUCCCCCAAGAACCAGUUUUGUUUUCAGGAACAAUGCGAACGAAUUUAGAUCCAUUUGAUGAAUACCCCGAUGUGGUUCUUUGGAAUGCUUUAGAUGAAGUGGAACUUAAAACUGUCGUUGAAAGAUUGCCUGGUGGUUUAAAUUCAAAAAUGUCUGCUUUUGGUUCUAAUUUUAGUGUUGGUCAAAGACAGUUAUUAUGUUUAGCUAGGGCUAUAGUUCGAAAUAAUAAAAUUAUAAUAUUGGAUGAAGCCACUGCCAAUGUCGAUCCACAAACCGAUGUCUUGAUUCAAAAUACAAUUAGAAAUAAAUUCAAAUUAUGCACAGUGUUAACGAUUGCUCACCGAUUGAAUACCAUUAUGGAUUCUGAACGAGUACUUGUUAUAGACGCUGGCACAGUAGUUGAAUUUGAUCAUUCAUAUAAUUUACUGAAAAAUAAAGAUGGAUUUUUAUACAAAAUGGUAGAACAAACGGGAAUAAUUACAUCUGAAUUAUUGCACAGCGUGGCCUCCGAGAGUUUUAACGUUCAGACGAAAUGAAAAUCUGCAGUCAAUGUCAAAAGAGUAUAAAUUCAGAAAUUCUGUCUUAAAUAAAAAAAAAUAUUUAAUAUUCUUUCGUACGUGUACUUACAUGAUAAAUUAUAUUAAUGUGUAACUUUUAUAGGAUCUGUGAUGAUAAUAUAAAUUCUUAUUUUAUUA